GGAAUCGUUUUGCAGCGAGACUAAGCAAAGCAACGCCGUGCAAGAUCUCUGUGACACGCAGGGGUGAAAUAGUCGUGAGCGGAACAACGCAGUUGCUAAUAAAACAUUUCUUCCCUCAGCCAACUGAAACAUGUCGAUUUUCACACCAACUAACCAGAUUCGGCUCACAAAUGUGGCUGUCGUGAGAAUGAAAAAAGGAGGAAAGAGAUUCGAGAUCGCGUGCUAUAAAAAUAAAGUGAUGAACUGGAGGGCUGGGGUUGAGAAGGACCUCGAUGAAGUCCUGCAAACCCAUUCAGUUUUUGUAAAUGUCUCAAAAGGACAAGUGGCAAAAAAGGAAGACUUUGUCAAAGCAUUUGGUACAGAUGACCAGACAGAAAUAUGUAAGCAAAUCCUGGCAAAAGGUGAACUUCAAGUUUCAGACAAGGAACGGCACACACAGCUGGAGCAGAUGUUCAGAGAUAUUGCGACCAUAGUGGCAGAAAAAUGUGUGAACCCAGAGACCAGGAGACCCUACACAGUCAAUCUGAUUGAGCGAGCAAUGAAGGACAUCCACUACUCUGUCAAAGCCAACCAGAGCACCAAGCAGCAGGUGAGGCGAGGGGUUUCACUGAGAAAAUCCAUGGCAGACCCUCAUGUA